AUGGGCAAACAGAGACUUCGAUCUGCAGAGUCGAGGUCCAACCGACAACUACGAGGCUCGGCGCUGCGACGACACGCAGCGGGCGAGCAGCCAACCACAGAGGAGCAGAGGGCCUUGAACCUGAAGCGCCUCAAGAAGGAGAUCGACGACGACCUCGACGAGCUCCACAAUGGAGGAACAAUUCGAAGCAGCCUGAAGAAGCAGCUCAAGAAGAACGAGGACGACAAGGCCAGGAAGAAGGAGGCCGACGACGCCAAGAAGAGCGAGGCCGCAGCUCGUGCGAGAGCUACCCCGCUGGUCCCGACCAGCGUGGACACCAAGCUGAUCAACAAGCCAGGCGAGUUCAGUGGGAAGGAAGCGGACUGGCGGAGGUGGUCUGUGACCAUGCGGGCCGACCUCGGAGCGGUGUCCGGCCGGAUGCUGGAGCUCAUCCGGAAAGCCGAGAACUUCGACGAGAGCCUCGACAGGGUGGACUUGGACCCGGGCGACGACCAGCUGGACGCACAGUUGUACUUCAUCCUGACCAUGUUGCUCAAGGAGAACAUGAUGGAGAAGCUAGAGACCGUCGAGUACGGAGAAGGUCUCCUACUGUGGAGGCUCCUAAUGGCGGAGUUCGAGCCGAAGUUCGCGUCUCGCAAGAUGGCCCUGCAGCAGGCGUACCUCAACUUCACCUUCAACAAGGGCGAGGGCCCGCGGAAGGGCAUCGACAGGCUCGAGACGCAGAUCCGCCAGUACCAGGCCGCCACCAAGAAGACCGUCGACGACGACACCCGGACCGGCGUGCUGCUGAAGGCGCUGGCCGCCGGCAGCGAGUUGCAGAAGAAGCUGGGCGACCACCUCGUUCUCAACGCGUACCGCGAGUACCUCGGAGUCAAGCAGUGGCUCGUCCCCGGCGGUUCGGCGGAAGUCCUGGCCGUGGGAGCCGGCGGUAAAACUAGCCAGAAGGGCCAGGUGAAGGGCGAGCUCAAGAUCAAGUUCGCCGGACAGGCGCCAGGAUCGUCCACCGACAGAGACCCGAGCAGGAAGAGGCAGAGGGUGGACAUCGCUGCGAUCGAGGAACAGCUGCGGGCGCUCAGCCUGAACAUCGGCGCGCUGAAGGACCAGGACUGCGGGGGCGUGGAGCUGUGCCAGGUUUCCGAGCAGAAGGAGGUCGGCGUGGUCCACGCCCAGACGACGACGAACCGCGUCACGAUGGGCCUGGACAGCGGCGCGGAGGUCACGGUGUGGCCCCCGGAGCUCUUCCCGCAGGUGGCCGCGGAGGAGAGUCCAGAAUCUCGUAGGGGAGCCAAGUACUUCGGACCCGGAGACCGUGAGACCCCUAGCCUUCCCAAUCUUGGACGACGACGGUACGAUUUGAGGAUGGGAGGUUUGAGGAGAAGCGCCAACGUGAACGUUGUGCCGGUGAGGAAGCCUCUGCUGGCGAUGUGCUCGAUGAUGGACGCCGGCCACGACCUGCAUUUCAAGUGCGGCGGCCGGUGCUGCGCCAAACACUGCAGGACCGGGGAGGGGAUCGAGAUCACACGUCGAGGAGGUAAAUUUGAGAUCGAUGCCGAGGCGGAUCCACACUUCCUGAAGACGUCCGACGAUUUUGGCGUCCAGGGAGUGGCUUGCGACUACUGUUUCAUGGGUGACGCCGUCGAGAGCGACAAGGCUACCGACAAGUGCUUGCCAAUCCUGGUCCACAAGUUCUACGGCGAUCGGUGGGUAUCGGCACGCGUGGUCCCACGCAAGGGCCCAGAGACGUACGCUGUGAAGGCCACGGUGGACGACGUGAUGCAGGCAGGCUUCGCCAAGUUCACGUACAAGAGCGACGGGGAGCCUGCGAUCAAGUCGCUCAAGCAGGAGGUGGUGAAGAAGCUACGGGAGGUUGCGGGCCCUGUGGACGUCAUCUUGGAAGAGAGCGGCACGUCCGAGCCACAGCAGAAUGCUGUUGUCGAGCGUGCUAUCUGGGAGGUCCAGAGCACGGCUCGCACCCUAGUGCACGCAUGCUUGGAACAUCAUCGCGUCCAGGUGCCGCUCAAGCACCCUCUGAGGAUCUAUGCCGUGGGGUACGCAGGGCAACUAUUGAACAGGUCCCAGCGUGCCGCCAAGGACAACAGGUGGGAGACCGGCAUAUACUUGGGGCUGGUGGAGCGCAGCUACAUGUUGCUCGUAGGCACGCCCCGCGGCGUCUUCAAGGUGAACUGCGUGAAGCGGUUGCCGGCGAUCCAGUCCAGCGAUCCGGAGCUCUUGAAAUCCAUCGUGGGGGUCCCCUGGGACCCAGUACCGGGAGAACCAGGUCCGAGGUUCGACAGCGAGUCGAGGAAGCUCAUCGUAGACGGGGUGAGGCAGGAGCACCACCAGACAGACGACCAGGAGGAGCACAGGUUCUACGACCAGGUGAAGUCGCAGGAGAGCCGGAUUCGCCGGAAGCGGGUAGCACCGUGCCGGCUCGCAGUCCAGGCGAGGCUCAGGACCCCCUUCGAGCAGAAGCGGGUAGCACCGCACUGCGGAGAGGUCGCGGAGAUCGUGGGCGAGCUGAUGCACCUAGGAGCGGCGAUCGGGCCGCGGCUGCAGGAGGCGAUCCGGCAGCCUAUCAAGGACGACGUCGACGUGAUCGAGUCGGAGGUGUUCUGCAGGAAGCGGUUCGCUGACCAGGCGUCCCGGUGGGGAGUGCACCCCGGGGUCGCACUAGAUCUGACUACGGGUUGGGAUCUUAAGAAUCAGACGCAUGUGGAGCAGCAUGUGAAGGCCGGAAGGGCCGCAGAAUGGCUGACCAACUCCGGAUGCAUCGCCGAGGAACUCACGAAGCUCCAGGACGGCGAUCGCGAGAAUGCCAUCAGCAGCAUAGUGACCAUGAGUCCCAUGGUGGAGAGUAAGCCGGCCAUAGUGGCGGCUGUGUUGAGAGGGCUGCGUAGACAGCUGCGGCAGGACGGUGCGGUCAGCAUCAACGCCCUGGAGCCGGGCAUUACCGGCCACGACACCCAGGAGUGGGACGAAGACGGGCUCGAGCAGUUCUUCGACGAGCUGACGGGCGAACGGUUGAACUCCCGAGAUGUCAGGGAAGCCAAAGUCAAGGAAAUCGAGUUCCUUCGUACUUCCCCUGUCUAUGAGAAGGUGCCAGAGGCGAUGGCCAAGGGCAAAGGGUUCAUCUCGACAAGGUGGACCAUAACCAACAAAGGGGACGUAAACGCACCAGACGUUCGAGCUAGAUUCGUCGGGCGUGAGUUCAAGUGGAAGUCGCCGGCGAUGGAGGACACAUUUGCCGCGACUCCACCAUUGGAGUCGUUGAAGUACUUGUUGUCUCGGUUCCAGUCGCGCAGGAGGGGGCCGGCCAGAAGCCCAGGAGAGCGUAAGAUCUUAGUUUUGGACGUUUCUCGAGCGCAUUUUCAUCCGAAGUGCCGCCGGGAGCUGUACAUCCGGCUGCCAGAAGAGGACGCUCAGGCAGGCUUCGUGGGCAGGUUGUUGCGCACCCUGUACGGGACACGAGAUGCAGCAAACGCCUGGGACGAAUUCUUCAACGAAGCGAUCGUCAGGCGCCAGUACGAGGUGGGGCUGUCAUCACCUUGUCUGUACUACUGCGCUGCCGAGGACAGCGCUGGGUGGCGCCACGGAGACGAUCUCGUUUUCGAGGGACCUGAUGAGUGGUUAGAGCGGCUCGAAGAGGGCCUCCGGAGCGUGAUGAUCCUCAAGAGACGCGCAAAGCUUGGCUGGGGCACAGCAGACGACAAGCACGUUACCAUCCUGAACAGGCUGGUGGACUUGAACGACGCGUCCCGGGUGGUUUCUCUCGAACCUGACCCACGCCAUGUUGACCUGCUUCGUGGCCUGGUUGGUUUCGACGGCCGGUCAAAAUCCGCGACGACACCUGCCGACAAGCGUUUGGAGGACAUGCACGACGAGGAGCCUCUAGGCCGAGGGCAGGCGACAGCAUUCCGAUCCGCAACAAUGAGGCUAGCUUAUCUCGCUGCGGACGUCCCGGUGCACAGAUUCAGCGCAAACCGGCUGGCGAGGUUCAUGGCUAAGCCAACAGUUGGGUCUUGGGCACGCUUGAAGAGAUGCUUGAGGUACCUACAUGGGCACGGCCGGUGGAUCCAGCAGUUCCCUUUGCAGGACCAGCCGGGCAGGAUCGACGUGUACGCCGACAGCGACUGGGCUCAGGAUCUGGAUCGUAAGAGUGUGUCUUGUGCGGUAACGAUGAAAGGCAAGCGUUGCCUGCGAGUGCAGGUGGCGACCCAAACGGCCCCUGCCCUGAGUUCUCUCGAGGCGGAGUUCGUGGCCCAGGUCAAGGGCGGCUCUGCCGCCAUCGGCAUGAGAUCGAUGAUCCGGGACAUGGGAGGACAGGUGUCCAUUGACCUCCACACCGACAGCACGGCAGGCAAGGGCAUCGCGUCGAGAGUGGGCUUGGGCAAGGUCCGUCAUCUCGACACGGGCUUGCUCUGGCUACAACACCACGUCAAUCGCAGAGAUCUCAGGAUCAAGAAGGUGCACAAGGACGAGAAUCUGGCGGACAUCGGAACGAAAGCCGUCAGCGUCACCGUGCAGGAGACUUUGAUGAAGUUGAUGAACUUCAGAGAGGCCACAGGACGGCACCCGAAGGCACUGAGGGUUGCCGGAGAAGCGGUCGAGCCAGAAGCGGGUAGCACCGUGCGGGCCGACGAGCCCGACUGA